UCUGGGUUCACUCCCGCUUCCGGUGUCAUGGCGGCGUGAGGUCCCGGGAGUCGGUGCGGCCCCUGCAGGCCCCUCCCUGCGGAGCGGCGGGUCCGGGCGGGGAUGUGACAGCGGGCGCCGCGGGCCUGCCUGGAGCGUCGUGUCGGCUCGCGUGUCCUCACCCCAGCCCGCACCAUGGCGGGGUCCGGCUGCGCGUGGGGCGCCGAGCCGCCGCGCUUCCUGGAGGCCUUCGGGCGGCUGUGGCAGGUACAGAGCCGCCUGGGCAGCGGCUCCUCGGCCUCCGUGUAUCGGGUACGCUGCUGCGGCACCCCAGGCUCGCCCCCCGGCGCCCUCAAGCAGUUCCUGCCUCCGGGAACCACCGGAGCUGCAGCCUCGGCCGCGGAGUAUGGUUUCCGCAAAGAGAGGGCGGCGCUGGAGCAGUUGCAGGGUCACAGGAACAUCGUGACUUUGUAUGGAGUCUUCACCAUACACUUCUCUCCAAAUGUGCCGUCGCGCUGUCUGUUGCUUGAGCUCCUGGAUGUCAGUGUUUCGGAGCUGCUUUUAUAUUCCAGUCAUCAGGGUUGCUCCAUGUGGAUGAUCCAGCAUUGUGCCAGAGAUGUUCUGGAAGCCCUUGCUUUUCUUCAUCAUGAGGGCUAUGUCCACGCAGACCUCAAACCACGGAACAUACUGUGGAGUGCAGAGAACGAGUGCUUUAAGCUUAUUGACUUUGGACUUAGCUUCAAAGAAGGCAAUCAGGAUGUAAAGUAUAUUCAGACAGACGGGUAUCGAGCUCCUGAAGCAGAGCUGCAGAACUGCUUGGCCCAGGCAGGCCUGCAGAGUGAUACGGAAUGUACCUCAGCUGUGGAUCUCUGGAGCCUCGGAAUCAUUUUACUGGAAAUGUUCUCAGGAAUGAAACUGAAACAUACAGUCAGAUCUCAGGAAUGGAAGGCAAACAGUUCUGCUAUUAUUGAUCAUAUAUUUGCCAGUAAAGCAGUGGUGAAUGCCGCAAUUCCAGCCUAUCACCUCAGAGACCUUAUCAAAAGCAUGCUUCAUGAUGACCCAAGCAGAAGGAUCCCUGCUGAGAUGGCAUUGUGCAGCCCAUUCUUUAGCAUUCCUUUUGCCCCUCAUAUUGAAGAUCUGGUGAUGCUUCCAACUCCAGUGCUCAGACUCCUCAAUGUGCUGGAUGACGAUUAUCUUGAGAAUGAAGAUGAGUAUGAAGAUGUUGUAGAAGAUGUAAAAGAGGAAUGUCAGAAAUAUGGACCAGUGGUUUCUCUGCUUGUUCCAAAGGAAAAUCCCGGCAGAGGACAAGUCUUUGUGGAGUAUGCAAACGCUGGCGAUUCCAAAGCUGCUCAGAAGUUACUGACUGGGAGGAUGUUUGACGGAAAGUUUGUUGUGGCUACAUUCUACCCGCUGAGUGCCUAUAAGAGGGGAUACCUUUAUCAAACCUUGCUUUAAUCAGUAACCUAAGGACUAUUUCCUGUUUCUCCUCUUUCAUUUCUUGGAUUAUUAUCUUCCACAGCUGAAUGCAGGAGCACCCCUUUACCCAUUUUAAAGGGUACCUUGUACAUUUAUUUAAUCCUACUAAUGUGCAGCCAUUGCCCAAACAGUGACUGCAUUGCAAACAUUGGCACUGAGUAGGACAAGACCUCUCAGCUAUACAUUGAGGGGGUUAGAGCACCCAUGUGGGCACCCUUUAUAUGUGCAGUAGGGCAGGUGCUGCUCUUUAGUAUGUAACCUAAAACGAUGUCAUUUUGUGUGAUGAUGAAGCAAAGAUGAGUAAUUUGUCAUAGUGAAUAUUAUUAACAAAUUUGUUAGGGUUGGUGACAUCACAGAUUAUUUGUUUGUAUUGUCAGGUGUAUUUCCUUGUUACUCUAGCUGGCACUGGAUGCUCUAAUAAUGUUAAGUCAUUGUCAGGCAGCAGUUACCUACCGUGUUCUUAACAAUGAGUUGUGAAUUUUUCUAAAGGAGUACUGUAGGAUUUAUUAUUCCUCUGAAGAAACUGCAGUGAGCCUAUCAAUGUUUUUAAAAUUACUAUUAUGGCUUUUAAAAUAGAAAGCUGAUGCUUGAUCUUGCACAAUUUUUAUGUCUAGUAUGUGUGCUUGAGUGGGUGUGCGGGUGUGAAAGAGUAGAGAAAUCUGAGUCAGUGUACUUUAUAGUGUGAGUCUUGUGAGCUAAUACAGUCUGUAACCAUUUCUUCCUACCUGUUUCACACUUGAGAGACUUGGGAUAUAGGUUUCUCGAAGGUUGGUCUGACUAAUAGAAUGUAAAUGACAAAACAGUUCAUUCCUAUGAAGUGCAGAGCAAACUGGAGUCCAGACCAGGGUAACUUUACAACUUCAAAGUGACUGGAACAGAAAAGGUUUUGGUACAUGCAAAUGAUUCUGCUCUUCACUCUAAUUUAGACCCACGAUUGGCUCAUCUGUUUUGUACUGAAUCUCUUGUGAUAAUUGUAAGAUUUCUCCGGAUGUGAAUUUUUUCACUAUAAUGGAAAAUUGAAAUGGCUCAGAAAAAAGUUAGAUGUACAGUGAAGUAAAAUGAGAAAAAUGCAAAGAAGAUAGCUAAUCAUGGGUCCUUUCCUCCCCAAUCUGUCCUCCCUGCUGCCCUGUCGCCUUUGCCGCCUUUCCCCUUUGCCUCUAUCUGCAGCUGGAGGGCAGUGUCCCAAGUCAUCUGGCUUUUGAUUGUAAGGGAGUAAAGAAAGGUUAGGGUACUAUAAGGUGGAAGUAGGAAGGAGGAAGCACUCAACUUCUACAAGAGCCAUAGCAUCCUGAGGUGUUCUUGACAGAGUGUGCCUGUUGUCAUGAGUUGUGGGCACUGGCUGACUGUGGCUUGAUUGAGUGUGGAUUCUUCUUACUCUACAGUAGAUUGCCUUGAAAGGCGUAAACUUAUGAAACCUUCGUAAAGCACUGAUUAUACAAGACAACCCACAGUUGUAACUUGUUAUGAAUUUUUUCCUGUCUUUUUACCUGAAUGAAAGUUUUAUUUAUUUAUUUUUCCUUAGAAAAGAGUGUUUGUUUUUUCCCUGCUUAUAUAGUCUCUUGUACAUGUCAUUCAAGUUCCUGAAAACCAUUAAAAUUUGCAUCUUAGAGGAUAAAUUAUUUUACCCUGUUCAGACAUUUACUGUCCAACAUUUGUUAGAAUAAUCAAAUUAUUCAGAGCUCCCUCUAACGAGGUUAAUUUUGGUAGAAGGGGAUUUACUGAUGAAUUACCUAUUGCUCUUUUGUCAUGGUCACUGAUGUGUGCACUUAGGAAGAAGGCUCUUUCAGGGAUUUGUUGGGUGGUUGGUUUUCAAGUCAAAAUUGAAGAGCGUAGAAUCAGUCCUGUGAGGCCCUAAGCUUUCCUAAAACAUAAAUAUUUACAUGAGGAGCUGCGUUUGUAGUGAUUUGUAGCAGGUCUCUACAUUUCUACGGAUGAACACAGGAAACAAGUGAAUUCUUUUGAAGGGCAGGUAUGUUUAGCACAUGUUCCCUUGCCUCAUACAAAAGAGAUCCUUGCAAAUACACUGCAGAUAGGCCUUCAGGCUCUCUUGAGCAAUGUGCUGCUAACCGCACUCUGUGAUCCUCAUCUGCAGGUGUGCUUAUGCUUAUAUGUAGUGUUGGACACUGUAGGCUUAUUCCAGAAGAUGCUAGCUAGAUUUUAAGGGAUCUGAGAAGUAAAUGAUGAGCCCAGUUAAUUGUAUUGAAUUAAAUAUUUUAUGCUGAAGCCAGAGAAUUAAAAGCAAAAGACAACCUACUAUGAUUUAAACCAUUGUUUGAUAAUUUUUAGCCCAUUUUACCAAAGAGGACAUCUGUAGAUUCCCCCUCCUCAUAGUAUCAGGAUUUUCAUUUUAAUGUAUUUCUUAAACUGGGACCAAAUACUACAAAAGAUACAAUUUUCGUAAUUAGUGUCUGCACAGGAAUUUUAAUUCUUUGACGUUAUUAAAAACCUAGAAUUCUUUUUAUUAAGAUGUAAGGUAAAGAAGUGAGGGUUCAUGUUAUUUAGUCCCUGUUUCUGGGGGCACAUUUUAUCUCAGGUAGUUUUUCUUUCCCUAUAUUAUUUGUGCUUCCUUCCCUCUUGCCUUCCCAGUUUCUUCUUUAUUCAUCCAUGGUACUACUCUAUGGUGGCACAUUUUGUCACUGAUAAGGCAUAGGAAGCAAUUGCCCCCUGGGAAAUUUUGGGUUCUUUAGAAGUAUUUGGAGGAGGUGACCAGUAGCCAUUAUCAAAACUAUACUACUGUAUUUAGAAGAGAAUAAUAGAGCUGGGCACCUCAGUACUGUGUUGGCUGCAUUUCACAAUAAAUCUGCAUUGAUUGUCACUGAAUAACCCCCUUCCUUUGUGGCCAUUGGCACAGUAGCUCUCUUUGAGAACCCUCCCUUUCUUAUAUCUCUUGAGCUAAAUUUAUGGCUGCUUUUAGAAUCAAAUGACUAACAUAGUUUUAUUCAUCUGUCUCUUUUAAUUGAGAGAAGCGUGGCCUUCUCUUUGAUAUAUAGCUGCUAAAGAGUGCUGACAUAUGUUAACCUGCCAACAACCGUGCUGCCGCAUAGAGAAAGGUGCAGAGGUAUUACGGGCAUAAGCCUUCUUUCUGUCUUAGUACACUGGACUUUCCCUCAAGUAAGGGCAUCAGUUACAGCGUAACUCAAAAGCAGGGUUAGAAUCAGAUGCUGUUUCAUGGCUCUUUUGAAUUUAUUGAUCAAAGGCAGGUGGCUGACAAGUUGGCAUCAUGUUUGGUAGUUCUUACUCUGGUUUAUUAGGCAGUUUUAUUUUGAAAAGUCACUGAAAAUGAGCAUCAUUGUACCCAAUGGAAAUGAUAACAGCACAGUGGGUGAGGGCAAGGGACACACUGGUAACAAUAUGUUUUACCAAGACUCUCACCCUAGGGCACAGGCUGGCCUGUUUAUUCGGAUUGGGGUACAAAUAGGACCACAUCGUGACUUUUCAUCUGUUGGAUGUGUAGCUAGCUCAAGUGCCUUGUGUUUCCUGGUGAAUAUAAAAACCUCAUCUAGGCAAAAGCUCCAGGUGAUGACUGACCUUUUUCUUGGAAUAACUUGGGUUGAGUCAUGUGAGUCCAGAAUUGGCUUACUUUAAAAAAAAAAAAUACAAAACUAUUCAAAUUCAACUUAUUUCACUACUGCAUAUUGAUGGAAAGGCCAGUUGUCUGACAUCUCUAAUUCUGGGAUCUAGUCUCAUCUGUCAGGUUUUUUUCCUCAAAUCUUACUGCUUCUGCUCUCUAUUUCUUGUAAAUUGUGGUCACAUGCAGACUAGUCCUUGGUCACCGCUAGCUCAAAAGAAUUCCUAUUUCUUGAGGUGCUCAGCAAUUUGCCUUUUUUUUGCCUGGGGGUUUGGCCAUUUUCCCACUUGGUCCUACUAGUGUCCUCAAAGAGAGACUGAUCUUGAGUCUCUGUCGUAUGGAGCUCAUCUAGUGUGUUUAGAUUUUAGAUCUGUUUGGGAGGAGGGGUAGGGUGAGACAGAGGUUCUCUGUGUUACCUGGCUGCCCUGGAACUAGAUUUGAGAUUCUUAAUCAUGGAGAAACUUGGAUAUUUUAGUUUUUAGAGUGCCCCCAUUGCUUUUUAAAAACGGAAUUUGUUCCUUUCUUCACCUUAUACCACAAGAUGGAUCAUGAUUUUUAUCCUUAUCACCUCCCCCAGAUGGCGUUCACUGAUAACUAAUGCUUCAUACUGUGACAAGCAGUUGGCAGCUACUAGGUAUUUAAGAAGGUAAACAAUUUAGACUAUUUUUGCUAUGACUUUAUAGGAGAAAUGAGCUGUCAAAGAAGUAUGUACAGGCCAGGGAGCAUUUAGGAUAAAAAGGUUUUUAGAGCCCGGGGUUUACAGUGUAUCCUAGACAGGCCUCCAGCUCAGGAUCCUCCUGCCUCCAAGUGCUGGUUAUCAUAGGUGCACCAUCAUGCCCGGCUCUUUUAGGAAACUAUUUUAUAGAUGGUCAUUAAGGUGAUUUUUUUUUUAAAGAUGUAAGACCAACACAAAGGUUUACACAAAUUUUGUUGUCCUGAUAAAAACUAUUCAUUUUCUGCAGCUCAGCACUUUCCCCGUUCUUUGUGCUGCUUAUAGGGAUGGUUGCUUUAAAUUUGAUGUAUCUGUGCCUUUCAGAGAGUCAUAAUCAUGGCAGUUGUGUUUGUUGGUACCAUUCUAAAUGCUGGAGUUCAUGGGAACCUCACUAAACGAUUGCCUGGGUAUUAAACUGGGUUGCUGUCAUGGCAAUGUGAAGAAAAAUCGGUAGCUCUUUUGAAGGCUGUAUGUGUUUUGUGAACAGAGUUCCUAGUGUUUCAGUGGAAAGGCAGUGAGACAUGUUCUUUGCCUUACAUGCCAUUAAUCUCUUCUGCAAAAGACAGCUGAUUUUGUUCUAUGUCUCUGUUUAAUGAAAGCAAGUCACAUUCUGGAAAAAAAACAAAACAAAACUGGAAAUGUUUGCUUUUUUGUUUGUUUCUUACUGAGAAACUUUUGUGAACAGCAGGCUACUACCACCUUUAGCUACUGAUUAUCAGUGAGUGGAUUUGUAAAAGUGGAGUCCUUAAAAUCCUCUGUUGGAAUCACUUCCCUUUUCUCUGUCAGCUCCUCCUAAUAAUAUGAUAUUAAGACAACAUGAUACGUGAAACAACAUGCAUAUGUAGCUCAGAUGCUCUUCAGUUACUUGAAUUACUUGCCUGUGUUACUUCAUUUAGUGGGUCCUCAGAAGGCUGUCAAAGAUAGGAGUAAGGAAGAGAAAGGGAAGAUGGCUCCCUUACUGGCAUCAGUAAUCUUCCAUGUAGAGCUCAUGGUCUAAAAAUCUAGACUUACUACCCUUCUUACACAUUCCUCAUCCUUGUUUCCCCCCGAAAGAUGGUUGUCAGGGUUUAUGAGGCCAGAUUAAAUAUCUGUAUUCAUUUUGUCCCAAUUUUUAAAGAAGUAUUUGAAUUCUAGCUCUGUGCAUUUGGUGUUCACUGCUGCUGUUGUGAAUCAGGGCUCGGAAAGAAACUGGAGUCAGCCGUCUCUGUCUUCCUUUUGCACAUGGGGUAGUGGUGUCAGUCCACCAACUUCAGUUACAGUACCUCGUGAAAAGAAGUGUAAAUAGUGCUUAUUAUCAGAAUAAAAAGACUUUAAGCUGCAGUUCUGUAAACUAGCAGAGUAUUAAGCUGUCACAUUUUACCAUCAGGAUUUACUUUUCAUUCUCAAUUUUGUUUUGAAAAAUCUUAAAAUACUUUAACAUUCCUUAAUCUCCUUUCAGUAGUGUCAGAUUUAGGGUAGAAGGCUUUUUUUUUUCCCCAUCCAAAAAGGGCUCCAUUUUUUCAAUCUUUUUGUCACUCUUAGAAAGUUAUGGUCAGCACAUUUUAAUAGUUUCUGGUCUCAACUUUGUCAGCUCUGGAGUGGUUGGUUGUGAACAUCAAAACCCAGUACUAUUUUCCCUUGGGAACAUGGAAUUGCUGUUUUGGGCAUAGACGGGCUGGUUUAAACAACAUGUGAAAGAUCACCUAAACCAAAGCCAGUUUGAAGGAGUGUUUGCUCCUGUCGGUUACCUUCACCUCAGAAUGACAGGAACAGGACAGUGCACAGUGAGUGUUUGUCCAGAACGUUUCUCCUGGUGUUUCAGUAGCCUGUUGGUCUUGCAUUUCUUGAUGCUAUGGUUCUGUUUUUUGUGAUGUUUUACUGCUUGUAAGUGGUUGGGGUUUUGUUGUUGUUACUGUUUGUUUGAACUAAGUGGGACUGUAAAUGUAGAUAGAUGUGUUUUAGUACCAAGGUGUUCUUUUUUAAAUCCCUAAAUUUCUGGUUUCAAUAGCGUCUUUCGGACGUCUGUUUUCUUGCUGAAUAGCAGAGGACUUUAUCUCCACCUCCCUAUAAAGUGUGAGCACUGUGUUUCAGCAAGCUGCAUUGAAUACUUUUGCUGAAAACUUCUCUGUAAACACAAUUGCCUUGUUCAGUUUUGUUGUAAACUGACUCACCAUGUGAUGCACUGUUGAUAGCUUCCUGGUGUGUGGUGGAUAAGAGUGAUAAAAUAAAGCUUACAAAGAAAAGAA